AUGGAGGAGUAUUUUCGCAUAGAUAGUUUGGGAGCGACUAGCCCAGGCAAGCUACUUUUAUCCGUCGAAGAUGAGCGAGCGGAAGCACUUCUCAAGUCACUCACGCGCUUCUCGGGAGGCCGUUACGAGACCGGAUUGCUAUGGAGAUACGCAAAUGUCCGUCUGCCUGACAGCCGAUCAAUGGCGUUACGCCGUCACAGAUGUUUAGAGAAACGUAUGGCGAAUGAUCCUCAACUCGCAGAAGUGCUACAGCAGAAGAUAGACGAAUACGUGACAAAGGGAUACAUUCGUAGGCUCUCCAGCAAUGAGGUCCAUCAACAAUCGAACGACGUUUGGUUUCUGCCAAUCUUCCCUGUGGUCAACGCUAACAAACCCGGGAAGAUCCGAAUUGUGUGGGACGCUGCGGCAAAGGUGCAUGGAACAUCUCUCAACUCUGCUCUUUUAAAAGGCCCUGAUCUACUGUGCUCUCUUCUUGAGAUUCUACUACGAUUUCGAUUGUAUUCUGUAGCGGUAACGGGGGACAUACGCGAGAUGUUCCACCAAGUGAAGAUUCGCCGUGAAGACCAAGAGUAUCAAUGCUUCUAUUGGACGGAUCGGGACGGAAAAACUGUAAUUUAUGUCAUGACAGUAAUGACUUUCGGAGCAUGUUGUUCACCGAGCAGUGCCCAAUACGUCAAGAACAUUAAUGCGGAACGAUACAGAGAGGAGUUUCCAUCGGCGUGUGACGCAAUCGUCAAGUCGCACUACGUCGACGAUAUGCUGAUCAGUGUCGACACAGAGGAAGAAGCGAUCCAGGUAGCAGAAGACGUCCGGCAUGUGCACGCACAAGGCGGCUUCGAAUUCCGGAACUGGAUCAGUAAUUCCAAGAAGGUUGUGGCUUCACUGCAAGAUCAGAACGCGAAAGAGGAGAAAAGUCUGAACCGGUCAGCUGAGUUUGCUAUAGAGAAAGUUCUUGGCAUGUGGAGGAAUACGACAAUUGAUGCCUUUACUUUUAAAAUCGGCUGGGAUCGCCAUGAUACCGCUCUACUAAAAGGUAGCCGUCGUCCUACAAAGCGAGUAGUGCUACGCAUGCUGAUGACUAUAUUUGAUCCACUUGGGCUCAUUGCCCACUUUCUUUCCUUUAUGAAAGCAUUGCUUCAACAAGUCUGGCGAUCCGGCAUCUCUUGGGACGACGAAGUCGAUAAUGAUGUGUUCGAGAAAUGGCAAAAAUGGCUGAGCUUCCUGCCUUUGGUGGAACAACUCCAAAUACCAAGAUGCUUCUGGCCUGAAAACUCAAUCAAAGAAGCCGACGGUAUUCAACUCCACACCUUUGUAGAUGCUGGUAAAAGCGGAAUGGCGGCUGUGUGUUACUUAAGAAUACAAAAGAACGAGAUCAUCUACUGUUCACUUAUUUCCGGCAAAGCUAGGGUAGCUCCUCUGAAGCUGACGUCUAUUCCAAGACUUGAAUUACAGGCAGCAGUCAUAGGAACACGAUUAUCCAAAACAGUAUUCGAUUCCCUAUCCGUACGGAAAAUAAAAAGGUUCUACUGGUCCGACUCAAGAGAUGUUUUAUGCUGGAUUAACUCGGACCAUCGACGCUACAGUCAGUUUGUAGGUUUUCGCGUGACAGAAAUCUUGGAAUCUACAGAACCUUGUGAUUGGCGCUACGUACCAAGCAAGAUGAACGUAGCAGAUGAUGCUACCAAAUGGCACGGGCUGCCCGAUCUAUCCAAUGAAAGCAGAUGGUUUCGAGGUCCCAGAUUUUUAUAUGAAGACGUGGAUAAAUGGCCGGUUUUUUGUAAGCGUAUCGAUUCAACGAAUACUGAACUGCUGACAAGUUUGCUAGUCCACCACACCUCUCCGGCUCAGGUCAUUUGGGUCCAAAAUUUCUCUAACUGGAAGAGGCUUCAACGAGUUACGGCCCUAGUGCACCGUUUCAUCAAGAAUUGUCGUCAUCAGUCGAAGAAGAAAGAGUUUAAACGUGGAAUACUAACCAGUCAAGAGCUUAGCGCAGCGGAAGCGCUUCUGUUACGCAUCGCCCAACAGGAAGGAUAUCCGGAAGAGCACCGCAUACUCCAAGUUCACCAGGCUGAAACUCCUACAAAAGCUGUUUCAAAAUCCAGUACGCUCUACACACUAUCUCCGUGGUUAGACGAGCGGGGAAUUAUGCGAAUGAAAACGCGAAUCGCUGCGUGCCAGUAUGCCUCCGAAGAUGCAAAGAAUCCCAUCAUCCUUCCAAGAAGGCACCAUAUAACCACCUUAAUAAUACACCACUACCACGAUAACUAUCACCACCAAAACCAUGAAACAGUCAUAAACGAGCUCCGCCAAAAAUACCAAAUACCACGUUUGCGCACCUGUUAUAAUCAAGUCCGCCGAAAUUGCCAGAAAUGCAAAAACGACCAGUCUACACCGAAGGUGCCGAUGAUGGCCGAUCUUCCGCCAGGACGUUUGGCUGCCUUUUCUCGACCAUUCACACACGCUGGAGUAGAUUAUUUCGGUCCAAUCGAAGUCGUUGUUGGCAGGAGAACUGAAAAACGUUGGGGAAUGUUGGUGACAUGCUUGACCAUCCGUGCAAUCCAUAUCGAAGUUGUUAAUUCGCUCAGCACCGAUUCCUGUGUUAUGGCCCUUCGAAACUUUGCCGCUCGUCGCGGUCAACCUCGCAAGAUUUACAGCGACCGAGGUACAAACUUUGUUGGCGCUAACAAAGAGCUGCAGAAACUAGAUGCGAUCGUCAACCAAAGUGAAAUUAUGAGGGAGUUUACGACCACCGAGACCGAAUGGGUCUUUAACUCUCCAAUGGCUCCACACAUGGGUGGCAGUUAG